AUGGCGCCGCUUGCUGGCUCGCUCGAGGAGGCGCGCGAGCGGUACGAGUCGACCAAAAAGGCGCUGCGAGCCGGCAUCACAAAGAAGCGCAACAUCGACCGCACCCUGACGGACCUCGAGUCGCAAAUCUUUCUCUUUGAGGGCUCCUACCUCGCCUCGACGUCUGCCUCGGGCGGCAACAUUGUCAAGGGCUUUGACUCGUACCUCAAGGCGACGGGCGCUGGCUCGUCAUCGGCCGCGGCCGCGGCGGCGCUCAGCGCCGAUGGUGCCGAUGUCGCGAUUGAGGACCGGACGUUCAGCCUGAGCAGCGCCACGUACCAGCGCAGCCUGGAGCUCAAGGCCAACGAAGCCGCGUCUGGCGGACACGGGAACGACCGCGAGGAUAGCCCGGCGGUGGCGCAGGGCAGCCAGGGCCAGAGCCAGAGCCAAGGCGGAGGAGGGGCAGACGACAAGAAGGACGGCUUGUCAAAGAAGGAGCGCAAGGAAAAGAAGCGCAAGGAGAGAGAGGCUCAGGCACUCGCGCUACAGUCGCAGUCGCAACAGGGCCAGUCACAGUCGCACAGCCAGGGAGGAGCGCCGCCGAGCAAGAAGAAGAAGCGCGACGAGGGCGAUUAG